CGGUACAACAGCGAAGGAGUGAACACUACCUGAGUAUUGUUGUGCAAAUCUUUAGGCAUCGGCCCUAAUUUUUAUUGUUUUCUGUUAUUUGGUGAGUCCAUUUAACGCAUCCAGUUAUAUAUCAGUUUUUGUGGCUGGUAGUUUCCUCCUCUUGGCCCUCUAACCUCAACCAUGGGGGACUCUUCGGGGGGCGAGGGCCCCCCGACGGUUAGUGCAGCACAAGAAAAUGACAGUUUAUCCAAUGAUUCUCAAAAUCGUCCGUUGAACGCCAUUAUUUGUAACAUUUUGCCACCGGAUUGCAAAAAAACUGCUGAAGAUAUUUCCAGGCUCCAGUAUUUUGAUGUGCCCUCAGGUGAAGAGUUGUCAAAGUUAUCGGCAGAGAUCCAGAUUAUCAAGAAUCAGUUCGAGCAAGACGCUGAAAUCCUGCGGGAAGUUGCCAAAAUCUCCGCAAACAUAAGAAGGACAGUAAAUCGGAAAACAAAAUAUGAAAUCACCGACCAGGGGCCUUUUAUGGUGAUUCUGGAGGGGAUUACAAGUAAGGUGGGGACUCUUCAUCCUAUGAACUUUGGGAAGUUACUUCAAGCGCAGAAAGUUCAAGGUAUAUUGAAAAUUUCUAGAAAAGGAGCCAAUAAAAUCGGUUUGGAGUUUAACACCUCUGAGUCUGCAAAUAAAUUUUUAUCUAAUGAAACAUAUUCGACAGCUGGUGGGUAUAAUAAGUAUAUACCUCAAAGACUAGUCACUUGCCGAGGGUUGGUGAGGGACAUUGGUGACUUAAUUGAUGAGGAUGAUUUUUACUCUGAGGCAGAAGCCAAGGUUAACAUCGGAAGAUCGCUAAAGCGCGUUAAGAUUGUUAAUGUUCGCAGACUAACUAAAAGGGUCAAAUGCCCAGGUGUUCUGCCUGGCACUUUUGGUUUCAAGACAGUUCCAUCUAAUGAUUAUAUAAUAACAUUUGACGGUAAAACUCUCCCAGAAUCAAUCAGUAUCUAUAAAAAUGAGUGUUCAAUCGAAAAAUAUGUUAGUCCUGUUGUCUUAUGUAUGAAUUGUUGCAGGUUUGGUCAUUGGAAAAACCAAUGUAAAAGCAAGGGUAGAUGUAGUUUCUGCGCUGGAGAUCAUCCAGUAUUUCAUUGUGAACUGAAAGAACAGUUUUAUAAGAAGAAACCAUGCCCGACAGACCACUUAAAUCAUGAAGGCUCUCAUCAGGCCACUGAUAGAUCAUGUCCGGAAAUGGACAGACAGAAGAAAAUCAAUGAGGCUAUGGCAUGGUACAACUUAUCCUUUUUUGAAGCGGCCAAACUCUUUCCAAGAGGCCCCAAAUCAACAAAAAAGCGUAAGUCCCCCCAAAUAGAAUCAGGGUAUGAUAGGGACGCCCACAGGGAUUGUCUCGUGCCGCCGUUGACUAGGCAGAAGUUGAAUCACACUAGCAAAAGUCAAUCUUCUCCCUCAUAUUUAAAUGAUUUAUCGUCAGAGUCCGAGAUGGACACUGCUUCUCCAGGGGUUUCCUCCUCUGGUGAAUUUUGGUAUCGGUUUGAAAAUUUAAAGAAAAAAGUCUUGUCCAAUAUACCUAGUAAAAGUGCUUACCAUGAAAUUGAGAGUCUUUUUGACUCCCUGCCUCCUCCCGGAGGAUGCAGGUUUUAA